GCCACGCUGAGGAUGUGCCAAAUUACGCCACUUCCUGUACGUCUGUUCUGGUCCGACCGGAAUAGUUGGGUAAAAGGAGAGCAAGAUAUGGGAAACAGAUCAACAACGAACGCCAGAAAAGCAUCUGCCACAGAAAAAGAAAGACAUGGCAGGUUCGUCGCCCUAAAACUGUUUUUCUGCCUUAUUUUUUUUGCUUUUGUCAGUCUUUGCGGCAGAGGUCAGUCGAGGCAUUCAAUCGCCAUCAGAGCUUUGUUGGUCGCAUCAAAACAGCUUGUGACAAGCGACACAAACCCAUCAAACCUGGGGGUUACGGACUCGUAGUGACCCAUUAACCACGUAAAAGUUGGCCUGAACCGCUAGCGACCCAAAAUCAUGUAAAUUGGCCGGUCUUGACCUCAUUGUGGCCGAGGGAGAGUUUGAAAAUAGCCUUGGUAACAAAUGCGAUUGGUUUCGGUAAAUGCGACAGAAGAAGCGCAAAUGCGACAAAUGAAUAGGAGAACCAAUCCACAAAUCCAGCUUGAGGGAGAGAACGAUAAUGAUUCAUAGGCUUUAAUUCAUGAUUGCAAAGUAAGAAAUCGGUCGGUAUUGGAGGGAUGGUAAGG